CGCAAACUCUGAUUCCAUUCUCCUCAAAUUUACAAGAAGUAAUCGGCUAAUGGCGGCUGAUCAAGGAGCUAUUGAAACGUUCAUGAGCAUUACCGGAGCCGAUGAAACCACCCGCUAUACAGAAGCUUGAGCCAUGUGUAUUACAUGAGAGUGGUGAUGCAUGGAAGGAAGGGGGUAUAGAUGCUACAGGAUCUCUGAUAGUGAUAGCACUAAAAAUCAUAUCAUGUGUGAUCAAUUACAAUGAUGGAGUUCUAAAAGAGGAAGAUUUGCGUGAGGCUCAAUUAAAAGCGUUGAAAAAGCUGCCAUCUUUGCUUGAGUACUUUGGUUACUGUCUGUGUUGUGGAAGUCACUUUGCUGGUCCAGUGUAUGAAAUGAAGGAUUAUUUGGAAUGGAGUGAGAGGAAAGGGGUAUUGGUUCUAUAUUCUUGUAAAUGCUUCAACAUGAUCUUGUUAUUGAUUCAGCCAUUAUCAUCUGUGAUAGAUUUGGCACUUGCAAAGCUGUUCUUCAAGCCACUGUCUGCCUGUAUGGGAUUAUAUCUCUAUCUUGUACCACAUUUCCCACUUUCUCGAUUCACAGAACCAGUAUACCAAGAAUAUGACUUCUGGAAACGACUAAGCUACCAGUACAUGUCAGGCUUCACUGCUCGUUGGAAAUAUUAUUUCAUUUGGUCCAUCUCAGAAGCUUCUAUCAUAAUAUCUGGUUUUGGAUUUUCAGUUCCGUGCAGUUACCCCUUGUAUGGAAUAUUCAAGUUAGCACCUGGCUCAGGCAUGGUAAGUUAACUAAGUAUUUAUUAAAAAUGCAUAGCUGCGAAGCUGCCCGU